GUGUUUGUUUCCGCCCGGCCUAGUGCGUCCGUGUGUUGCUGUUGCACGUGGGGAUGUGGUGCUACUUGUUCUUUGCAGAAACUACCCAAACUGGUGGUUGUGGUGGACGUUAGAGGAGGAUGUGGGGCCCGGCGAUGGGGCUGCCUCCGCGGCUGGCGCUGUCAGUGUUGGCCGGUCCCGGUCGCUCUUGUAUUCUGGGGUCUGGAGCUGCGACGUGGAAGGACUGGCAAGCGAGGAACCGUCGUGGCUUCUCUGACUUUUACCUGCAGCCGUUAUUUGAUCAUGAUUUCGAGGAAUCACCCUUUUAUGCACCCAAGGGUCGAUCCGAGCCUACGCGUCACGUGGCGUGUAAGAAAUUGGCCAGGAACCUGGUACGAAACAUCCUGGGGUUCCAAAAACCGUCUCGUCAACUUGUACUAGAGUGCAAUCCAGGUCCUGGAAUCCUGACUGAGGCAUUACUUAAAGCUGGUACCAGAGUGAUUGCCUUUGAAAGUGAAAAGUCUUUUAUUCCACAUUUAAAGGCCUUAAGGAAUAGUGUGGGUGGAGAGAUGCAGGUGAUUCACGGUGACUUCUUUAAAAUGGAUCCCAGACAUCAGGAAAUAAUAAAACCAGAAUAUGAUUCACGUAUCGUUUUUCAGAAUUUGGGAAUAAAAGCACUUCCUUGGUCAGCAGGUGUUCCUGUAAAAAUAUUUGGAAUCCUACCAAAUAAAGACGAAAGACGACUGCUUUGGAAAAUUCUGUUUGAUCUGUAUUCCUGCGAGUCUAUAUACAGAUACGGACGAGUAGAGCUGAAUCUGUUUGUUACUGAAAAACACUUCCAGAGACUAAUAGCAACUCCUAAAAGGCCAGACUUGUAUCAUGUGUUGAGUGUGCUUUGGCAAGUGGCUUGUGAUAUUAAGUUUAUUCAAAUGGAACCUUGGUCCUCCUUUAGUGCGCAUACUGAGAAUGGGCAUUCAGAGAAGUCAAAGCUUCCGGACUCACUGAACUCAAUGAAACAAAACCUAUAUUUUAUUCAAAUGACUCCUCGUAGAAGUUUAUUUACAGAAAACUUAAGUCCCUUGAAUUAUGAUAUUUUUUUCCACAUGGUGAAGCACUGCUUUGGGAAGCGCAGUGCCCCAAUAAUACAACAUUUACGUUCACUGAGUACGGUUGAGCCAAUUGAAAUACUGAGGCAGGUGAGAAUAAGGCCUGGAUGGACAAUACUUAAACUGUAUCCUCACGACUUCAAAAGACUUUUUGAAACUAUAGAGAGUUCUGAAGAAUCUGUCUUCAAAUGGGUCUAUGAUGACAGCUUGGAGGAUGUUCUGGUCUAGGAAAACAAUCUACAAGCCAUGAACUGGAGCUGUUUAUCUAUUUAUUUGGAAAUUAGGAGACAAAUGAAAACUGAAUUUCAAGAAGUUCAAGCACUUUCAACAGACAAGAAACUGUCCUUGUUUGGCAAAAAUGAGGCAAAUAAUUUCUUCUGAAGUUGAUGCCUUUGAUAUACUUUUUUAUUCAAAAUUGAAUAAAAUGGAAAGUUGUUGGUUUGAUCAGAUCAAA